AUGGCAUCUAAUUAGAAUGUGCCUUGAGCUUUUUGCUCUAUCUUUAUUCGUCCUCCGAUGUAUCGAUCGGACUAGCUCCUUCUCUUUUGUGAGAUAAUGAACUUCUCUGAAAGCCUGACGAAUUGCAAGAACAAAGCAGCUUGAUCCUGCAAUUUUGUCUGCCUGCCGUAUCGUAACAUGUAUAAGAAACUUGAAGAAAUACACGGACAAAAAAAAUCCCAAACCUUGGGGGCAAGUAAUGUACAGUACAGAGGAGGGUCAUGAUCUUACUUGGGGAGGGAAUGCAUCAUGUAUGUUGUCCUUAAUCAGAAUCUAUCCUUGGAGAAUGAGAGCACGCAAAGAUAUCUAGCUAAAGUAUCAUACGAUCUCUUGCUUUGCCUGGAUGAACACAACGUAAAAGCAGCAAGCAAGGUGGGCAUCUUCUAAAUUAAAGGCCUUUACUUUCCCUGCAACAUAUGUUUAUAGUCGUUCAUCACUCUGUUGGUCUCUCAUUGCGCUAGCUGCCUGCUGCAACUUCCUCAACCACAGAAUCUGCACAAAUCAACCAAGAGUUGGGUGUGUACAGUGUGUGGAGAGGGAGAGAGAGCCAGGGUGGUGAUGGAGUCGACGGUGCUGAGCCUUGGCAAGUCCGUGCUGAGUGGAGCGCUUGGCUACGCCCAAUCCGCUGUCGCGGAGGAGGUGGCCCUGCAGCUCGGCAUCCAGCGGGACCAUGCCUUCAUCAGGGACGAGCUCCAUAUGAUGCAGGCCUUCCUCAUGGCCGCGGACGAGGAGCGUGACAAGCACAAGGUUGUCAAGGCCUGGGUGCAGCAGGUCCGUGAUGUCGCCUACGAUGUCGAGGACUGCCUCCAGGACAUGGCCGUCCGUGUCGGGAAGCCAUCUUGGUGGCGCAAGUGCAGCCCAAGAAUGCUGCUUGAGCGGCGUCGUGUGGCUCAGAAGAUGAAGGAGCUAAGAGCCAAGGUUGAGGAUGUCAGCCAGAGGAACAACCGCUACCGCCUCAUCGAUGGUUCUGCCUCCAAGGCAACUGAUGGCAUGCAGUCUAGGAUUGCCGGUGCAACGACCAUGUCUGAAUUGGAAGAAACAAGGCGGCAACAGGACAAAGCUAAAAUGGAUCUUGUUGGACUGAUCAACACCAAUGACAAGGAGCUUAGAGUGAUCGGGGUAUGGAGAAAAAAUGGUCUUCUCGAUGAUAAAUCUAUUAUCAGAAGGGCCUAUGAUGAUCUCAAGAUGAGGAAGUUUGAGUGCUACGCUUGGAUCAGGCUAAAAAGUCUUUGCAAUCAAACAUGGUUGCUGCAGAGCAUUAGCAGGCAAUUGUACGAGAAUUCUCUUCAAGAGACUAGGGAAUUUAAAAUGGAAGCAACUGAUUUAGUGGACCGAAUUCUACAGAAGAUGGGAAACAUGGAGGAAGAUGAUUUGGUGAGUGCAUUUGAGGGAUAUCUGAAUGAGAAGAGUUACUUGAUUGUGCUUACUGACUUAUCCUCUCUGGAAGAGUGGAAUAAGAUAAAAAUAUGCUUCCCAAGCAAUGAUAGAGGGAGCCGAAUCAUAUUGUGCACAGAGCAUGUUGAAGUUGCCAGACUAUGUGUACCGCAAGACAGUGUACCCCCAGAGCACAAGAAAUUGCUCGAUGAUCAGAUUAUCUAUGCUUUCUAUGAGAAGGGUUCUCAAGACGGAACACUCUUAGUGGAGCCAAGUUCUAGCUCAAACAUAACCACGAGUAAUGGUAACAACAAUCUCACAGCUAAUAAAAAGCUUGGUCGCACUGAGACGAUGGUAUCAACCUUGGAGGAAUCUCAGCUCAUCGGUCGUGCAAAAGAAAAAUCUGACAUUAUCAAGCUAAUUAAAAACCAAGUGAGUCAACAAUCUCAAGUGAUCUCUAUUUGGGGAAUGGGUGGCCUUGGAAAAACCGCUCUAGUCCAAGAUAUAUAUCGAAGUCAAGAUGUUAGCAGUUAUUUUGAUGCACGUGCUUGUGUUACAGUAUUGCGCCCUUUUAACUCUGGGCAACUCAUUCACAGCUUAGCUAAGCAGUUUGGAAAUGAGGAAAAGAGAGAUUUGUCCGAACUCUUAGAAAGAAAGAGCUAUUUGGUUGUUCUCGAUGAUCUAUGGGAUACCAAGGAAUGGGAUGAUAUGGUGGCACAAUUUCCCAACAAAGCUGGAAGCUGCAUCAUAGUCACCACAAGGGAAGAGAAUAUUGCUAAGCAUUGUUCAAAAGAAACAACUAAUGCACAUAUAUACAAGCUCAGCGGAAUAGAAAAUGAUCAAGCACUCCAACUCUUCACUAAAAAGGUAUUCAAGGAAAAGACAAAUUUGGAUGAACAAUAUCCUUACUUAGUUGAACAAGCGAAUCUGAUCUUGAAGAAGUGUAAUGGACUUCCCCUUGCAAUAGUCACCAUAGGUGGUUUCUUGGCAAACCAACCAAAGACUGCUUUGGCGUGGAGGAAGAUAAAUGAGCAUAUUAGUGCUGAGCUUGAGAUGAAUCCAGAACUCAAGACCAUUAGCACAGUCCUGCUGAAAAGCUACGAUGGUUUACCAUACAAACUCAAGUCAUGUUUCUUGUAUCUGUCCAUCUUCCCCGAAGACCACAAGGUUAGCCGAAAACGUUUGAUGCAGCGAUGGACUGCUGAGGGUUACACAACGGAGGCACGUGGCAAAUCUCCAAUCGAAAUAGCUCAUGACAACUUCAUUGAGCUCAUAAGUAGGAGCAUGACACUACCGGUUGCUCAAAACGCAAGUAGACCUGAGGGAGGAAUAGACUAUUGCCAGCUACAUGAUCUCAUGCGUGAAAUCAGCAUCACAAAGUCAAUGGAGGAAAACCUUGUACUUAGGCUGGAGAAAGGUUGCAGCUCAAAGACACAGGGCACAGCCCGUCAUCUUGCCAUAAGCAGUAAUUGGGAAGGAGACAAACAUGAGUUUGAGAACACAGUGGACCUGUCCCGUGUAAGGUCAUUAACGGUGUUUGGAAAAUGGAAACCUUUUUUCGUUUCUGAAAAGAUGAGGAUGCUACGAGUGCUCGACUUGGAAGACACUGAAGGUCUAGUUGAUCACCACCUUGAGCACAUUGGAAAGCUUGUUCACCUAAGGUACCUUUCUCUAAGAGAAUGUCACAACAUUUGUCACCUGCCAGAUUUGUUGUGUGACUUGAGGCAACUUGAGACACUAGACAUUAGAAGCACGUUUAUAGCGAUGCUGCCGAAAACCAUCGUGAAGCUUCGGAAGCUAAAAUAUCUCCACGCUGGUAAAAUCGGAAUUGUGGGUCAGCAAAGUAUAGCAGAGAGAAGUCUAGAGCUUUGUACUGGAGCAUGCUGCGCAUGCUACGUACCUCGUCUCGUGGGAGACUUCAACAGGCGUGAUGCUUGCAACUACAAUUGCUGCAUCCAGCCCCGUGUUCUCAUGAUGGACUUAGAUAAUGAUUUCCCUAUGCUACCACGAGGGAGCAGGAAACUAAAAAGCCUGCAUACACUCCGACACGUGCACUUGGCGUGGGGAAACACUGUUAUACAAGAGAUAGAGAGACUCACCCAGCUGCGUAAGUUAGGCGUGGUGGGCAUCAACAAGAAGAAUGGUCCAUCCUUCUAUUCAGCCAUCUCCAAGCUCAGCCAGCUAGAGUCAUUGUCGGUGUGUGCAGGUUGGUGUCAAGGCCUACAUGGCACGUCGUCGUCGUCGUCAACCUCGCCUCCUCCGGAGAACUUGCAGAGCCUCAAGCUGCAGGGUGCGCUAGGCAAACUGCCACAGUGGAUCGGAAAGCUCCAGAAUCUCGUGAAGCUGAGACUGAUGUGGACCGAACUGGAGGAUGCCGAUGCCGCCAUCAAAGUCCUCGGGACACUGCCAAGGCUGGCCAUCCUGCGCCUGUGGGAGCAUUCGUUCAACGAUCAUGUGGUCUGUCUCAACUUCCGCCAGGAGCAGCAGGAGGCCACCGCAGUAGUAUUGUUCCCGAGCCUGAGGGUGUUGGAGGUAAGUAGGAUAUGUAGUCAUGACCGCCUCGAAUCAGUGCAGUUUGGAGGAGGCGCAACCCCCAAGCUUGAGCUGCUGCAGUUUAGUCAUUUCAUUGGCUCACGCGUUGGAUUUUCGUCGGGGCUAGAAGAGCUCGAAAAUCUCAGGGAAUUCAUGCUGAGUGGUAGGCAGAGGCAGUACAGGGACGACUUUGUGAAAGACGUGGAGGAGCAGCUUGCCAACCACCCAAACCCAAACAAGCCCCUUCUCAGGUUCAGUCUAUAUAACUAACACCGAUGGAUCGAUCGAUCGAUCGAGGGUGUAUUGCUCGCUCGAGGUUGGACGGUACGCUGCAAUCCCACUAUAAGCUUUGAGCUUUGAGCUAAUCUCUUAAUCUUAUUUAUCUACAAGUCUGAGUGUUCUAGUUCAGUGACUCGUAUUGUAUUAUUGCUGCUCGUAUCGUGUAUAUAUACUCCAGUUCAGUAGUAGCAGAUGUACUCUCGUUCAAAAAAGAAUAGAAACAGAUCUUGUGUCUCGCCUUGUCCUAGCAAUAACAUAAGCAAAGCACUGAUCUAGCCAGUGUUGUAUUCGUGUGUUUAGUCCUCCAUUAGCCUGGCAUGCAGGUUCAUUAUUCAGUUAUGUGCUGUAUUCGUCAGUCAGUGUCUUCUACUGCAUAUAUAUAUAUGACAGAGUUGUACGUGCA